AUGGCUGCUCCUGUAGUUGCCCCUGCAGUUGCUGCCCUAGUAGUCGCUCCUGCUCCAGUAGUCGCUCCAGUUGCUGCACCUGUAAUACCAGCAGUUGUAAGAAAAAAUAGUUGUUGCCUGAAACUUAUUAUCAUGGCAAACAUUUCAACUGAAGAUUUACUAAAAAGUGCACUUCCUGUAGAAGUGCCGCUGCCGGCGGCUGUCGAAGCGUUGCCUGUACCUGUAACUGUAGCCGUGGAGUACUCUGCGGGCAUUGAUGAGAAGUUUUCUUAUGGGGACUAUCAUUUUAGCACAAAUUUGACGUAUUUACACACACUGUUCAAGGAUCCUGCUGAAAUUCUAUGGGGAUCUGAUGGAGCCCAAAUCAUUGUUGAAUCUACAGGUGUGUUCACUACCAUCGAGAGAGCAUCUGCUCACUUGAAAGGAGGCGCUAAAAAGGUAGUCAUCUCAGCACCAUCUGCAGAUGCAUCGAUGUUUGUAAUGGGUGUGAACCACGAAAAGUACGAUGCUGCUAAAAAGCACAUUAUCAGGUUAUCAAUGACAACUUCACAAUCAUCGAAGGACUUAUGACUACCGUCCACGCCACAACGGCGACGCAGAAAACAGUUGAUGGCCCAUCAGGAAAGCACUAUCGUGAUGGACGUGGUGCAGGCCAGAACAUCAUCCCUGCUUCGACUGGUGCUGCCAAGGCUGUCGGCAAGGUCA